GUUCUCAAAAUGUCAACUGUCAAGGAGAAGCUUAUCGAGAAUCUAAUUGAGGAAGAUAAAAUCUCCCAGAGGAAGAUCACCAUUGUUGGAACUGGUGCUGUGGGCAUGGCCUGUGCUAUCUGUAUCUUACUGAAGGAUUUGGCGGAUGAACUUGCGCUCGUUGAUGUUGCAGUGGACAAACUGAAGGGAGAAACGAUGGAUCUUCAGCAUGGCAGUCUUUUCUUUAAUACUUCAAAGAUUACCUCUGGAAAAGAUUAUAGUGUAUCUGCAAACUCCAAAUUAGUUAUUGUCACAGCAGGUGCACGGCAACAGGAGGGAGAAAGUCGCCUUGCCCUGGUGCAACGUAAUGUGAACAUCAUGAAAUCAAUCAUUCCUGCCAUAGUCCAACAUAGUCCUGACUGUAAGAUGCUUAUUGUUUCAAACCCAGUGGAUAUUUUGACAUAUGUGGUCUGGAAGCUAAGUGGUUUACCUGCAACUCGUGUAUUUGGAAGUGGUUGUAAUCUAGACUCUGCCCGUUUCCGUUACCUAAUUGGAGAGAAGUUGGGUGUCCAUCCCACAAGCUGCCAUGGUUGGAUUAUUGGAGAACAUGGUGAUUCUAGUGUGCCUUUAUGGAGUGGAGUGAAUGUUGCUGGUGUUGCUCUGAAGACUCUAGACCCUAAAUUAGGAACUGAUGCAGACAAAGACCAGUGGAAAAAUAUCCACAAACAAGUUGUUGAAAGUGCCUAUGAGAUUAUCAAGCUGAAAGGGUAUACCUCUUGGGCUAUUGGACUGUCUGUGACAGAUCUGGUAGGAUCAGUUUUGAAAAAUCUUAGGAGAGUGCAUCCAGUUUCUACUAUGGUUAAGGGCUUAUAUGGAAUAAAAGAAGAAAUCUUUCUCAGUAUCCCCUGUGUUUUGGGGCAAAAUGGUGUCUCAGAUAUUGUGAAAGUUAACUUGAAUUCUGAUGAGGAGGCCCUUUUUAAGAAGAGUGCAGACACACUCUGGAAUGUCCAAAAAGAGCUGGUGUUUUAAAGCCUCUUAAUGUUCCACUGUUUUAUAGAACAGAAGAUAUCAGAUUGUAUAUUUUACAUUUUGAAAGUAUUUUAUUCUGAUCUGUAAAAAAAUAAAACAUUGGAGAUCC